AUGUCGUCUUCGCAACAAAAUUCUCAAAAUUGGCAACGAGGUGUCAAUCAAUACGGUAAUCGAUACGAUAACCGUGGCGAAGGAGCUGCACAGGGUGGUAACUAUCAUUAUAGUAAUACCGAUGGCUCGUAUUACUAUCAGAAUAGCAAUGGUUCAACAUUUUAUCAAGCACCGAAUGGUUACCAACAAUACACAGCACCCGAAAACAAUUCUCGUUACUACCGGCAAUAG